GCAACGCGUUCGGUCGGCCAUAUUGUGAGCUCCAUACUGUGCAAGUGCGUGCGUGCGUGUGUGUGCGUGUGUGAGUGUGCGGCAACGAAAGCGGAAGCGGAAGUGCAGCACAAGCUGUUCAACUGUACAAACUGUUGCUUUGGCUGUCGGCGUCGGCGUCGGCAACGGCAGUCGCCAGUCGCUAGUCGGCAACGUCGGCAUCGUUAGUGUUUAUUGUUGAGCUGCUCCUGAUGCGCACCAAGUGUGUCGUAACGCAAUUAAGACAAUUAGUAAACUUAAUGUUCGGCAAUUGCAAACAAGUUAUAAACUGAAGACCACACUACGAAUACAUAUAAGAAAUGAAAAUGCAUCAUCAUCAACGCCAUUACCAACGACAACAACAACAAGAGCAGCAACAGGAAGAGUAAGCAAUUGCUGAGAUGGCACAGCAGCAACAUAGCUGGGAUGGGGGCGAGUAUGCUGGGCAUAGUCAAGGACAUCCGCAUACGCACGCCCACUCGCGCGGACAUCAGACGCAUAUGACGCCCGCACGGGCCGUCAGCAAUCCGCUGCCCUACCAGGGAGCCACGCCCAAAUCGCCCAGAAGCUAUCAUGCGCCGCCCUCUGUGUAUGCCACGCCCACACAGACAACAUCAGGCGGUUACGCCUAUGGCGGCAGCUACGAACCGCAACCGCCGCGCAGUCCCAAGAUAACCACCACCUAUGCCAACGACAGCUGCGAGGACGGCAGCCUGUCCACGCCCUCCUCCUACUAUCAGACGCCCACCUCGGGCUCCAUCGACGACUCGAGCUCGCUGCUCAGCGGUCACACAGCCGCGCGCAGUCCCAAGUCCCCUUGCAAGUUUGUCUUUGAUGCGGUCAGCCCCACCCCGGGCCAGGACCAGGCAGCCAAAAAGUUCGAAUACUACGAGCCCAUUUCCCCCGACGACGGCUCCUUGUACUACGAGCCACCCAGCUCGCCCAGACGGCAGCAGCACAAGGAGCAGCAACAGCAGCAGCUGCCACAGUUAACCACAACAGGCGCCAGCAGCAAGCGACGCCGCGAUGAAUGGGAGCUGCCGGUCAUAACCAAGAUAGAUGCGCGUAGUCUCAAUGCAGCCGCCGCCGCCAACGCUGGUGGCUACUAUGCACUCAAGCGGGACUCCUGCGUCACCGACUGCACACAGCUGUCCAUGGAGUCGGAGGACGCGCGCACGCAGCAUACGAACACCACGACGACCACUAGCUUCAGCUACACCGAUACGGAUGCGCCGGCAGCGUCGUCGCAGCGCCAGCUGCAGCGUCAGCGUCGCCACGCCAUCAAUAUAACAUCCAAUCCGGGCUAUCAAGUGCUCCACAGCUCACACUCCACGCUCGAUCGCACCUGCUCGGACAGCGUCGUCUCGCUGCGCUAUCGCAAGUCCACCAGCGAUCUGACCCAGGAUGCGGAGCACGAGCUCAGCGGCUGCAAGCCCGCCAAGCCCAAGCGCGAGAAUGUCGAGUACAAGCCCCGACGACGUGGCAGCUCCAAGGGCGGCCUCGCCUACUUGGCCAGCCGCCGCAGCUCGCGCGAGUCCAUGAAGAGCGCCUGCUCCAAUGCUUCCAUAUUCUCCAACGACGAUGUUGGCCCGCUGGCCUUUCAGAACUCCAAUCGCGGCCGCCAGCGUCGCACUUCCAAUUUUCUCGAGUUGCCAGUGCCAGAUCAUGUGCGUCCACGCGUCUGCUCCUUGCCCGAACGUCCAUACAAUCCACGCGCCAGCGACGAUCUCUAUCGGCUGCGUCACUUCUCCAUAAGCAAGGGCAACGUGGUCAACUGUGGCGACUCCAUCAUCUCGCGCAGGUCGCGCAGCAACACUAGCGUCAAUUCUACGAACAGUCGCGCCAGCGAGCGCUCACCCUUUGAGGGCAGCUGCUGUGGCGCCGGAUAUGCCAACGUGGACUCGCUGCCCGCCUCGCCGGACGAGUCGGAGAAUCUGGAUCCGCCGCCGCCGGCGCGCUAUCGGGUCGUCAUGCUGGGCGAUGCGGGCGUGGGCAAGACGGCGCUGGUGAAUCAGUUCAUGACUUCGGAGUAUAUGCACACCUAUGAUGCGAGCCUAGUUUUAGACGAUGAGUUCGGUGAGAAGACGGUCAGCGUGCUGCUGGACGAUGAGGAGUCCGACAUGGUGUUUAUUGAUCAUCCCAGCGUCGAGAUGAGCGUUGAGAAUUCUCUCUCCACCUACGAGCCGCACGGCUGUGUGGUGGUCUUCUCUGUGGUGGACAAGGGCUCGUUUCGCAUUGCCGAGGAAAUCAUCAAUUAUCUCUGGCAGGAGAACUACACCAAGGACAAGGCGGUCAUACUGGUGGGCAACAAGGCGGACCUGGCGCGUGCUCGCCUAAUUACGUCACAGGAGGGCAAAACAUUGGCCGCCUCACGCGACGCCAAAUUUAUUGAGACGUCCAGUGGCAUUCAGCACAAUGUCGAUGAGCUGCUGGUGGGGAUAUUGAAGCAGAUGCGCCUGAAGGAGACGCGCGAGAAGAAGGCGAGCCAAACCAAAACCAAAAUGAAGACCUCACGCACACACAUAUCGUUGCAUCUGGCCAAGGAAAUCCUGCAAAAAAUCUGCCUUAGCGACAUUUCCAAAUCAAAAAGCUGUGAAAAUUUGCAUGUCCUUUAAACAGAAAGAAAAUCAUAAGCAAAUUGUAGCUAAUUUUCUGGCAUUUUGCAUACAGUAUGCGUAUAAAGUUAUGUUACACAGAGAAA